AUGGGCGUCACCGGGCUCUGGACAGUGGUUCAGCCCUGCGCUCGGCCGAUCAAACUCGAAACCCUCAACAAGAAACGCUUAGCUGUCGACGCGUCUAUCUGGAUCUAUCAAUUCCUCAAAGCAGUGCGCGACAAGGAGGGAAACGCACUGCGCAACUCUCAUGUCGUGGGAUUCUUCCGUCGGAUAUGUAAGCUGCUUUAUUUCGGCAUCCGCCCUGUUUUCGUCUUCGACGGAGGCGCCCCGGUUCUCAAACGACAGACGAUCGCAGGUCGCAAGAAGAGACGCGAGGGCCGAAGAGAAGAUGCUACACGGACGGCGGGGAAGCUGCUUGCGGUGCAAAUGCAACGAAGUGCCGAAGAAGAAGCUGAACAGCGCCGUCGAAAUCGGGACCGCAUUCAGGAAACGGAGGAGGCUGUUCCCGAUGCGCCUCUGUACGCGGAUGAGACUCUCAUGACUGAGCAGGAGAAGCAAAAAACACGCAAAUUCAAGAAGAAGGACGCUUAUCAUCUACCAAACUUGGAUGUUUCGUUGGAACAGAUGGGAGCUCCGAAUGAUCCACGAAUUAUGUCUCAAGACGAACUAGAAGAAUACGCACGGCAGUUCCACCAAGGACAAGAUAUCAACCUCUACGAUUUUUCCAAGAUUGACUUUGACAGUCCUUUCUUUCUCAGUCUACCCGCAUCUGAUCGAUACAACAUCUUGAAUGCCGCGAGACUCAGAAGUCGUAUGAGGAUGGGUUAUUCCCAGGAACAGUUGGAUAUUAUGUUCCCAAAUCGUAUGGACUUUUCAAGGUUUCAAAUCGAGCGGGUUAAAGAGCGAAAUGACUUGACGCAACGACUAAUGAACAUCAACGGCAUGAAUGGAGAAGAGGCAUUUUACAACUCCGGUCAACGAAUCGCUGGCGAGCGUGGCAGGGAAUAUGUCCUCGUCCAAGAUAGUGAGCAUGCAGGUGGCUGGGUGCUGGGUGUUGUUGGGAACAAGAAUGAAGGGUAUGAGGACAAACCUAUUGACGUGGAUACAUACGGUUUGCCAGAAGCCUUGUCUGGAUCGGAAGCGUCGGACGACGAGGAGUUCGAAGACGUUCCGAUCGAAGGGCUUAACAGGCUGCCCAAACUUCCAUUUCUGAAAGAGGGUGUUUUCGACCAGUCUCUUCAUCAAGAGCAAGAAGAUGCGGACAUUCAAAGGGCACUCUUUAAGUCUCACCAAAAUAGACGAGACUCUAUUGGAAGUGCUGAUGACGACGAACUUUUCGUCCGAGAUGAAAAUACCACCGAAGACUUCUUCAAUGACGAUGGAGAUGACGAUCUUGAAAGAGCGAUUGCUCUCUCCAUGCAACCGAACGAAGCACCCGACGAAGAUUUGCCUGAUAUCAGCAUUAAUCGAGCAACAGACACGACAACACCCCUUGGGCCCAUGGAAGACCUUUCCGAAAGCGAUGACGACGGAAUGGACUUUUCAGCUGCGAUCGCACAGACAAAAGUCUCAAAGAAGCCGCAAGCUGCCAAUCCAUUCAGUGGCCCUCUUCCCUUCGAACCCAUCACUCUCAACAAGUCGACUAAACCUGCCCCGCCUGCUGAGGUUGAUGAAGAUGCUGGAGGUUUCAUAAAGGAGCCUACCAAAAAGAAGAAGACCGAUCCGCUUCCACCGUGGUUUGUUGGCGAGCGACUGAAUCAGGAAUUCAUUGUAGAUAGGCCUUCCGACGAUCGGGAUGAUGCGACGGAGCAUGAUCGUGUGGUUUUCUCUAACCGUCGAUCGCCGGAUAUUAUUGAUAUCGAUAAAGUGCCAGACACAAAAGAGGUUGUUGAUCUAGACGAGCUAGAGGAAAAAGAAACGGAGGCCAAGGCUCCUAUUGAAAUCAUUCCGGACGUGGAAGAGACGAAACCCAAAUCUCCAGAGGUUGAGGCUUUGGAGGAGCCAGUGGGAAAGAAAUCUCCCACUGAGGAACUUCCUACUAAAUCUACAUCCGAGAAGGAAGAAGAGCCCGAGGCUCAGUCACGGCCUCCCCAGGCCGAGUCUUCGCCUGAACCUGAGUUCGAGGACGUGGGCCAGGCACCAGCUCCCGGUCUGGAGACUACGGUCGUUGCUGAUCAGCACAAGCCUAACCUUAACCAGACGGAAGAGGCCAACGUUCCGAAACAGCCUUUCCACGUUGAGCCCUCUCCCGAGCCAGACUUUGAAGAUGUUUUGGCUCAACCGCCAACGCAAGCUCCGGAAAUCAUAGUGAUCUCUGACCAACACCCCAAGCCGCAAGUCGAGCUCACCCGGCCUGAUCAAUUUGUCGAAGACGAUGUUGAUUUCAGCGACCCUGAAGAUGAAGACCUGAUGCAACAGCUUGCUGCUGAAAGCGAAGAACACGUCCGCUUCGCGCAGACCCUGAAUUCGGCAGCACCUAUCCAGGAUGCCUUUGACUACGAACAAGAGUUGAAGCAGCUCCGAAAUCAGCAGCGCAAAGAUCGACGUGAUGCUGACGAGGUGACUCAGAUCAUGAUCAAUGAGUGCCAGCAGCUGCUUACACUCUUCGGAUUGCCCUAUGUUACUGCGCCCAUGGAAGCCGAAGCGCAAUGCGCCGAGCUCGUCUCAUUGGGUCUUGUGGAUGGCAUUGUCACGGAUGAUAGCGAUAUUUUCCUCUUUGGAGGCACCCGGGUCUACAAGAACAUGUUCAAUCAGAGCAAGUUCGUGGAAUGCUACCUGACGUCCGACUUUGAGAAGGAGUACGCCCUCCACCGGCGCAAGCUCAUCAGCUUUGCGCAUCUCCUGGGUAGCGAUUACACAGAAGGCAUCCCGGGAGUCGGACCCGUGACCGCGCUGGAGAUCAUCACUGAGUUCUCGAGUCUAGAAGAGUUUCGUGACUGGUGGGGGGAUCUCCAAAUGGGCGUGAAUAAGCCCGAUGAUCCCCACCAAGCCUUUCGGAAGAAAUUCCGGAAGAAGGCUUCGAAGAUCUUCCUCGCUCCUUCCUUCCCUGAUACUCGAGUCGACGAGGCUUAUCUCGAGCCCGAGGUCGACUCCGACCCGUCACAGUUCCAAUGGGGUAUACCCGAUCUCAACGGACUGCGACACUUCCUCAUGGCGACGAUCGGCUGGAGUCAGGAACGUACCGAUGAGAUCCUGGUACCUGUCAUUCGCGAUAUGAAUCGACGGGAGCAGGAAGGCACGCAGUCGAACAUCACGCAGUUCAUGCAGGGACCCCAGGGCGCGGGAGCCUUUGCGCCCCGAGUCCGAGGCAGUGGACCGAGUCGCAUGGAGCAGGCGUUCAACCGACUGCAGCAGCAAGCCCAAGGGGCAGAUCGGUCGGGCGAAGCCGAGGAAGGUUCGGGAUCGAGGGGGAAACGAGGGGCAUCGAAAGGCAGUGCCAAGGGCCCGAACAAGAAACGCAAGACAUGA